CUACUGAUCGCACUCUUGCUGCCCGUGUCGUCUGCGUCGUAAACAGCACACCAGCGGCACGCCACCACCUCACCCCGACGCACAUCGCCUCCCCAUCUACCCGCGCGACUCUCCGCCUCGCCGUCGCCAUGCUCGCGGGGCUCACAGCGCGCCGCUCCUCUAAUGGGGUCGCCGCCGCCCGUUCCGCCGUCGCCCGCUGGACUGCCGCCGCAGUGAGGCUGCUCCCCCCCGCGCACCCAUCGCCCACCGCACCCAUCCACCCCUCUCCCGCGCCCACCUCCCACGCCACGCGCAUCUCCACCACCCCCUUCCCCACCACCUCUGCCUCCUCCCCUUCUGCUCCCUCCUCCCUCUUCGCCCGAACCUUCCCCUCCACAAUCUCCCCCUCGUCUCCCCCAGCCUCCACCCCCGCGCCCCUCCUCCCCCUCACGCCCUCUCGCGCCUUUAUCCAACUGCGCACCAACCUGCAGGUGGCCGACAACUCGGGCGCGCGCCGCGUGCAGUGCAUCAAGGUGCUGCGCGGCCGCGGCCCCAACGCCGCGGGUCUGGGCGACCUCAUCAUCGCGUCUGUCAAGGACGCGGAGCCCAGAGGCAAGGUGCGCAAGGGCGAGGUGGUCACGUGCGUGGUGGUGCGCGCCGCCACACACCACAAGCGCGCGGACGGCACGGAGGUGCGGUUUGACGGGCCGGCAGCGGUGGUGAUCAGCAAGGCGGGCGAGCCGGUGGGCACGCGCGUGUUUGGGCCCGUGCCGCACGAGCUGCGGGGUCGGAAGAUGCUGAAGCUGCUCACGCUGGCGCAACACGUGAUCUGAGUGCGGGGCGAGGGGUGUGAGGAUGGCACAAUGUGAUGUGGGCGUGGCGCAUGUGUUAGGGGGCCACGAUGCCCUCAUGACUGACAUCUCUAACAACGUGGCCCAACAGGUGCAUGGCAGCACGGGGGUGACCAGUCACAGCAUAGAAGGUGACCAGUCACAGCAUAGAAGGUGACCAGUGACCACGGCGAGUCUGUGGAUGUGCGGGGUGUGCAAGCAGCAAGUGUGGAGUUGACAGUGUGCAAGCAGCAAUUGUGGAGUUGACAGUGUGCAAGCAGCAAGUGUGGAGUUGACAGUGCUCGCUUCAGACCCGAGGUCUGUUGAGGUGUGCUAGUACUAGAUGUAGCUCCCCAUCCUCCAGUAUCAAGAUCAACUGAAUUUGCCUUUCCUAAGUCAGUUUGAUGACAUUAUGUACACCUCGGUACACUACAAUGCACCAACGCACCCUAU